AACUGACUUUCGUUGAACUGAAGAUGAAAUACAAGAAGAGUUCCCCGAAACAAAACACUAAACAACCGAACAGUCAGAUAAUUGUUAGCGUAAGUAUUGCGCAGUUGUGAGUUUUGAGAAUUUUUAAUUAACUAAAGCCGUUAUUUAUAAAGUUUUCCAAUAAAAAUGGAUAAUUUAAUGUCAACUUUAUUUAAAAAAUUAAAAAUUAUGAACCAGUAUGACGAGUUUGAAAAAAAAUAUUCGUCUUUAAAAUCCGACGAAGACAGAGUUAAAUUUACGAUAAAUAUUUUUGAAAAGAACGAUAUUAAAUUUGAAAUUAAGGGCAAAGAAAAAAAUAAAUCUGUAGCUGCUAAAUUGAAUUCUCAAUUGAAAAGUGGUCAAAAAAUGGAUCUUGACGAGAUUAUUAAAAUGUAUACGUUAACUAUAGCAGUAGCACCAGCUAAUUCAUGCGAAUUAUCAUCGGCAUACGCAAAUAGAUCCAUAGCAUUAUUCAAAGCAAGAUUAUACAGUGACUGUAUCAAUGAUAUUGAACGUGCUCUGGCAAUGGAUUAUCCAGAAAAAAGUAAAGCAAAACUAUACGCACGAAAAGCGCGGUGUCUUAUGAUUUUAAACCCAGAAAAUGCAGCGCAAAAGAUACAGGAUGCUCUGGAAGAAACUACGAAAUGGUUAGAGAAGAUGGAUUUGAACGAUAAUGGUAUAAAUUUCGUUAGAAAAACUGUAAAAAAUCCCGAAAAAUUAGUACCAGCUAAAAAAGAAUUUAAAAAAUUAGACGAUGAAAGGAAUCUGCCUGAAAUACCGAAUGAUAAUGAGGAAAUUCCUGGCGCUUCUUCAGCAAUCAAACUUGUGUAUUCUAAUAAAUUUGGAAGACAUAUUGUAGCUACUCGAGACAUAAAACCGGGAGAAAUUCUAGCUGUUCAACAAGCAUAUGUUUCAAAUUUAUUUCCCGAAAAGUUUUACACUCAUUGCAUUUACUGUUUGAAACAAACAUGGGCUGGAAUUCCCUGUGAUAAAUGUGCGUAUGCCAUAUACUGUUCAGAAACUUGUCGACAAGCGGCUUGGUCAAGUCACCAUGAAAUUGAAUGUCAAGUAGUGGGUCCUUUAAUUGCUAUGGGUAUGAAUAACCUUGGGUUAAUGAGUUUGAGACUACUUAUUUCUGCUGUAAAAGAAGCAGGAGAUUUGAAAUCAUUAAAAAAUCAUCUUAAAAAAAUUGAUUCAUUAACUGAUCCAAGAACUCGAGGAUUCACUGGAAAAAUUUUAGAUGAUAAAAAAUAUGCGAGUGUUUAUACAUUGGAAACAAAUACUACAAAGCGAUCAGUUGAUGAUCUUUUUGGAAGAUCUUUAAACGCUUCUUAUAUAACGUAUGUACUCGCUAAAAAAAGUAAAAUAUUUGGAGACGUACUGUCAGGUGACUUGAUAGAUUUGAAAGAGCAUCGAUGGUUUACUUUUAUUGGAGGAUUGAUCAUGAGACAUCAGCAAAUUAUUCCGAGCAAUACUCAUUUGAUAACCGAAGAAAAUAUGAGUAUUGUUCCUUAUGAACGUGCAGCCGUAAUUUUGCCGUCAAACAGUUAUUUUAAUCACAGCUGUAAUCCUUCGGUUGACUUAGUAGAAUUUGGAAAAAACAAAGCUACUGUUGCUACUCGUGCUAUUAAAAAAAAUGAACAAAUAUUUGAUAACUAUGGAAUGCAUUAUAUCUAUACACCAGACACUUGGUUGAGACAAAAAUAUUUAAAACAACGAUUUUUUUUCGAUUGUAAAUGUGAAGCUUGUACCAACGGCUGUUUGAACUUCUAUGGCCCUGAAUCUUACCUGGGACAAGGAUUAAGCUCACAAGCAGAAACUGAAAUUGCUGAUGCACUAAAAAAUUUUAAGAAGUACUUUAUAAGGUACAUGGCAAGUAAGCAAAAAAUAAUUGAAGACAGUGAAGCAGUUUUAGAAGACUUAACCAACAUGCUCACAGUUUUGGAAAAAUUCGUUGAUCUUUAUUGUUGUACUGAAGCAAAUGAUAUUAUCUCAGUAUGGGCAAGAGUAUAUGCUCUUCGUGGCAAUCGAUGGCAGUCAGUUAAUAACUGAACAAACAAUAAAUUAAAAAAAAAAACUUUAAGUCUAUUUAUGUUUUAAAUAUUAUAAAUAUUUAAGACAAUAUUUUUAUUCAUGGAAAAACAAUAUUAUGUCUCGUGUAUUAGUUUUUUUACAGUUUUCCUAUUCUUAUUCAAAGAUAUUGUUAAUUCUGCUUUGUACUUACAAAUAAACGUAU